AUGGGCGAUUCCUCGAAGACGUCCUCCAACCCUGAAAAUCUCGUUGCUCCGGCCAGAGCAUGGAGCGCUGAGAACACCGAGUCCAAUCGCCACCCCGCGUCGAACGAUGAUCUGGCAGAACUUGCGAAGCAAAAUGUCACACCCUUCCUGGAGAAGUACAACCCCAGACAAUUUACGCCGUUGCAUUCGGAGGCAGGGACGCCUUCCGGCUCCCGGCCGAGAAAUGCCAGCUUCUGCUAUCGUCACCAACCCGACUCGGCGUGCAGGCGUCAAGCCGAUGAGGUUUCCAUGGGCCAGUUACAAAAGGAACUCGAAACGCUCCCCCAGAGUGAUCAACAAGGCAUCGCGCAUGUCUGGUCACUGUUCUCCGCCGCGCCCGCGAAACAACGGACUCUGAUGCUGCAGGGUAUUCUCGCACAGUGCUGCUUCCCGCAAUUGUCGUUUAUUUCGGCGAGCGUUCGCGAGCUCAUUCGAAUCGACUUCCUCACGGCCCUUCCCCCUGAGCUCUCCUUCAAAAUCCUACAAUACCUCGACACAGCCUCUCUUUGCCGAGCCGCACAAGUUUCACACCGCUGGAGGGCUCUCGCUGACGACGAUGUUGUCUGGCACAGAAUGUGCGAGCAACACAUUCGCCGUAAGUGCAACAAGUGUGGAUGGGGCUUACCUUUGCUCGAUCGGAAGCGCCUUCGAGAAUCGAAGCGCGAAAUCGAGUUGCGGGCCACGACAUGGGGCAACAACCAACCCUCCACACGCCCCGGCGAGGCUGUGACGAGCGAGAGCUGCUCCGUGGCCGAGUCUGCCGCUUCUGGAAAGCGCAAAAUUGGGGCGGAGGAACCUAGCAGCUCACUGUCCAAGCGCCAUUGUCUCUCGGCCGCUCAUCGCUCUGAGGAUGAUGAUGAGUAUUUCAAAACCAGGUAUCGGCCCUGGAAGGACGUUUACCGCGACCGAUUCGUCGUUGGGAUGAAGUGGAAGCACCGGCGCUGCGCCGUCAAAGUGUUCCGCGGCCACACCGACAGCGUUAUGUGCCUGCAGUUCGAGGAUAACAUCUUGAUGACGGGCUCCUAUGACUCCACUGUCAAAAUCUGGGAUCUGGAUACAGGCGAAGAGCUGCGCACGCUGCGUGGCCACAGGGCCGGAGUGCGUUGUCUUCAGUUCGAUGAUACCAAAUUGAUCACCGGCAGCCUGGACCAUAGCAUCCGGGUGUGGAAUUGGCGCACAGGUGAAUGCAUCUCCAAGUAUAACGGGCACACCGAGGCAGUCAUCGCCCUCCACUUCGAUGCGACCCUGCUUGCCUCCGCGUCUGUGGAUACGACCGUGAAGAUUUGGAACUUCAAGGACAAAUCCACAUUCAUUCUGCCCCACCCUUCUUGUGUCAAUGCUGUCAAGAUCGAUACACAAUCCCGCACAGUCCUGACGGCUUGUGAUGAUGGGGCGGCCCGUCUGUGGGAUCUCGACACUAAGACCUGUAUCCGAGUCUUCCCCAACCAUAUUGGGGCGGUGCAGCAGGUGAUUGCUCUGCCUCGAGAAAUUGAACUCGAAAACCAUCUAGCAGAGUGUGAGAACGACCACGUCAGCACUUCAUCCAGGGACGGCGAUGCUAUCGUGAACACACUUUCCCCUCUACUUGAGUCGAAAUCCCUGUCUGCGCAACCAUCUCCGUUUGGGUCCUCCUUCGACCAGGACCCGGACCGCCAGGAACCUCCGAAGUACAUCAUCACUAGCAGCAUCGAUGCUACCAUCCGCCUGUGGGAGACGAACACCGGCCGAUGCCUUCGCACGUUCUUUGGCCACCUGGAAGGAAUCUGGGCGCUUUCUGCUGACACUCUUCGCAUUGCUUCUGGCGGAUCUGAUCGCAUGGUCAAGAUCUGGGAUCCUCGCAUUCCUACUUGCCAAGAUACCUACGAAGGCCACACGGCUGCCGUCAACUGUAUCGGCCUGAGCGACAGCCGCUUCAUUACUGGCAGUGAUGAUUACCAGGUUCGCAUGUACUGUUUCCGAGCCUGA